AUGUUCGGUCAACCGUGGUAUCGCGGCUAUCCCUCCAAUAUUUCAUAUAAUCCAUACCUCCACUCUUCUUAUCAGACGCCCCGGGCACCUUACCCAUAUGCCUUUGACGAAGACCGAGCUCGUGCCAUUGCUGACCAGCGAGCACGGAGGGCGCAAUAUCUCCCCGACGAAGUUGACGACGACGAAGACGAUUAUUGGAGUCCCGCCCAGUUUGGCCCACGGGAGCGUGCGUAUCUGGAAGCCAGGAAACGACAGGAGAUGUUAGAGCGCAUGAAGCAGGAGGAAGAAGAGGCUGCUCAGCAACGUGCUCUGGAAGAGCAGAGGUGGCAGAAAGCAUUGGAAGAGAGACAGCGAGAAGAUCAGGAAAAGAGGCAGAAGCUGUUGGAGGAGCGCCGACGCCAGAUGCGGCUCAAGAGAGAGGAAGAGGAGCGCAGAAUAGCCGCUGAAAGAGACAAGGUAUAUACAGACUCCCUCUUACCAGAUGCAGCAGACUCUAAUAAGAAUUCUCAGCAGCGGCAGCAGCAGCAGAUGCAUGCUCGACGAGACCGUUCACGGUCCAAUGCGUCCCAACGACAACCUGCGCGCGAUACUCAGCGGCAAAGAUCACAAUCACCCGCCCAACAGGACACAUCUUCCAUGCCCAUCCCAAUUCAUGUUCAUAAUCAAUCCACAUCAUCACCUGCCCCAUCCUCAUCGUCCAAAUCUUCGAUCCCUGUUCCUGAGACGGAUGCCACUUCUCGUCCUUCUUCACCCCGAACGCCCCCAGCGCGGACACCUAGUCCCAUCUCCAGACACAGCAUAGAGGAGCAGAACGAGGCCGCGAGUCGUAUACAAAGACAAUAUCGCAUCCAUGCCUCAUUACGCUCCCUAGACGACCUAGCGUCUCAGUUUGAGACCCUGAAGAAGAACUUCGUGUAUCCGAGGAGCAUCGAUUUCCAGAAUCCAGGCUCCGAAGGUGGGCAUAUCAGCGUAGGCGCUUACAGACCACCCUCCGACUUUGAUAACGAGGACGAGGUGCAACCUAUGGACGUAGAUGGCCCUGAGGGGAAACUGGACUAUACGUCCACGAAUUACGCGCUACACAGCUACGUGGAUUCGAUGGACAAGCUUUUAAUGAAGCUCGAUGGCGUGGAGAGUUGGGGUCAGAAAGAAAUACGUCAGAAGCGCAGGGACAUCGUCAAAAGCAUCGAGAAGGAGGCGUCCAAGAUUGAGAGAUAUUGGAAGCAGACUUGGAUAGAUUACCUGGUCAAGCAGGCGUCCAAAUCGAAACCAUCCGAAUCUCAGCAAUCUGAAGAGCAUCACGCGACCAUACCCAUUACAUCGCCAAGUUCCGAGGAUUCAGCAGAACCUAUGGAGGAUUCGGAGGAGGACUAA